AUGAACAUGAAGAUGUGUUAUGUCAAAGACGAGAAGGACAUUCGACACGAGAUUCCGUCGUUUAUGACGUCAUUACAAGCACCGCCGCCGCCUCCACCACCUCAAAAUCCACGUGGCAACACGGAUUUCUCGGCGCUGAGCCUUCUUGGGACGGAUUCACCGACGACGCACAGUGUCAGCACACCAAGUCCAACAGAUAGUGUGUGCUCCCCGUCAAGCAGUGUGGCCUCCUCAGCGACUCCAUCCACCUCAUCCCCUGUAGAUGAGUCCCGACAAUGCCGAAAACGAUCCCUAUCGUCCUCCACAACGCCAUCGACGACUGCACCGCCGCAGCCGCCAACGAAAAAAGGAAUGAAGCCGAACCCGCUGAACCUGACAGCAACCUCGAAUUUCUCCUUACAACCGUCAAUCUCGUCUCCACUUCUGAUGCUUCAGCAACACCAUCAAAACUCCCCGCUAUUCCAAGCACAGAUCAGUCAACUGUACACGUACGCAGCGCUGGCGUCUGCCGGGCUUUAUGGACCACAAAUAUCACCACAUUUGGCGUCCCAGUCACCGUUCCGAUCACCACUGGUAACACCGAAGAAUUUGGGGCUCGGCGAGCUUGGCAGCAGUGGUAGGACUCCCGGUCUUGGCGAGAGUCAGGUGUUCCAAUUCCCGCCGGUCUCCGCAUUCCAGGCCACAAAUCCGCUGCUAAACACAUUCUCCAACUCAGACAAACGCUUAGUAGCUUAA